AUGGCUGUCUCUCUUUCCCCAAGUGACCUCCUCGGCUUCCAACGGCCGCUCACCCAACAUGGUACCUCCCUCCUUACCAUUACCAACGACAAUAGCAAGCCCGUCGCAUUCAAGAUUAAGACUACCGCCCCAAAGGCAUGGCAAAUUAGGUCGUUUCCAUCGAGUUGGCUAACUCUGUUUCCCCAGUUGUACUGUGUACGCCCCAACUCUGGCCGCAUUGAACCUGGAGACAAUUCCGUAAUCACUGUUAUACGCCAAGCGUCCAGGAGAGAGCCGCCACUAAACGUCAAAUGCAAGCACAAAUUUCUUAUCCAGAGUACUAUAGUUACUCCGGAGAGAGAAAACAUGUCUCCCCACGAAAUCUGUGGUAGUCCCGACGUCACCGAAGGAGGGAACAUGCAUCAGCAGAGGAUUCGUGUGUCAUAUCUGCCUGCACUAAUUCCAACGCGGGCAAGGGAUGACGCCACUAUUGCGUCCAUUAUUGACCGAAUCCCCUUGCUUAGUGACGACAGUACUUUCAUACCCGGUAGCGAGCCGCAGCCGCCGGAAAACCCUCAUCACCCGGAAGAGCCUUCGCCUCCGUCACACUCGGACACUUGCGCAGUUGACGAAAACUCAGGUCACGCACCUCAUGGCCGCCUCCCAAUUGCUCAAGAAGGUGAAUUCUCGCACCCGAAUGAAUCGCCGUUCCAGAUUUCUCCUGAAGCGGCUCUGCCUGCCCAACCUAUCCCAGAGCUCGCUGAGCCAGGUUCAGACGAAGUUCGCAGGUCUGACCUCGUUUUCACUCCCGCCGUCGUCAGUACCCCCAAAAAUGAGCCCAUCAACCUAUGCGAGGAUGAGCACCAGAAAAUCGAGCCCUUGGAACAUGCGAGCAUUUCUACGACAGCACCGACAUCAUCACUUCAUCAAAACACGAUGUUACCGCAAGUAAGUGCGGCAGCGACCGAUGUUUGCAAGAUCUCUCGUGGGGUUGAACCGGCCAUUCCCUUACACAUGGUCAUUGGAGUGCUUGUGUUGGCGAUGUCUUUCUCCGCAUACAUUGUUACACGGGGAUAG